AUGGGGAGGAAACGUCAGUUGCGACUUGUUUACGUUGGGCAAGGAUCAUCACAGUCACGACAACGGGUGGAGGCAGCUGAUGAGGAACCCCACAUUUCUGAGGACGCAAGACCGGUGGCAAGUGACGAUGAUGAGACACUAGCUCCAGAUACAGAUGAUUAUGUUCAAACCCAAACACCGGUACAAAAUCCAGCACCGGAACAAAAUCGAGCAUCAGAAAAUAGGCCUGGAAAACGUGGGAAAACAAGGUUGGCUGACAUAUGGGCAAUGACUGGUGAGUACAAAAUUCAGUUGUCGUUAAAUGAUGAAGGCCAACCGAUUGGCGAUGACGGGGAAUUGUUCGUUCGAUGGUUGGGCUCGUUUUGCGAGAAUGGUCUAUUAUGCCCGCUUACGCCUGCUGGGUGGCCAAGUGUCCCUCAAAAGUUUAAAAAGGAUUGUUGGACGGAGAUUGAGCAACGGUAUAUAAUUGAUCCGACUAUUGUCAAACCACCCAAUCAAAUGGGAUGGGCAAUGAGUCAGCUAGGAGAACUAAGGAGGAAUCGCAGGACCAAGUUGAAGAAGGAUCACAAAAAACCUGGGCUGUCACGUGAACAAGUAUUGGCUAUUGAACCGCCUGGGGUUAUCCCAGCACAGUGGAAGGAGAUGGUUGAUUAUUGGUUCAAUGAAAAAACUGAGACAUUAAGUCUGAAAAACAAGGCGAGUCGAGACAAGCAGAAAAACAUAGCAAGAUGUGGGGCCAAAAGUUUUGCUCAAAUUUCUGCUGAAAUGGCGAAAGAUAAAGGGGCGGCAGUCGAACGCGCGGAUGUAUUUCAAAAAGUAUACCGUACGAAAGAUGGGGUUGCUGUUAGUGACCGUGUGCAAGAUCAAAUGGAUAGGAUGGCAGUACUUUUGAAUGAACAGGACAUACGACUACACGGAGAGAUUGGUAAUGGAAUCCUCUGGUCGAAGGACGACGCAUAUGCUCAGGUGAUAGGUCUUGAUGAGCGCCCAGGUCGUGUACGUGGGGUAGGCUUUGGGAUCACCCCAUCAGGAAGAAGUGCCAAAAACGCAUCAUAG